UAUAGUAAAGGGGGGGUGUUGUAUAUAAUAGAGGCCAGCAGGCAUACUCAAUCCCACGGUCUGCUCGUGCUCCAUCACCAACUGUCCUCAGUCAAACCAGCCAUGGCAUUUAACGGAACCUGGAAGGUGGACCGCAGUGAGAACUAUGACAAGUUCAUGGAGCAGAUGGGGAUUAACGUGAUGAAGCGUAAGCUAGCCGAACACGACAACCUGAAGAUCACCAUCGAGCAGACCGGCGACAAGUUCCACAUCAAGGAGUCCAGCACUUUCAGGACAAAGGAUAUCGACUUCACUCUGGGCGUCCAGUUCGACUACAGCCUGGCUGAUGGCACUGAAGUCUCGGGGACGUGGGUGAUGGAGGGCGACAUGCUCAAAGGCAAGUUCACCAGGAAAGACAACGGCAAAGUCCUGUCCACCACAAGAAGCCUGGUGGGCGGAGAGCUGGUGCAGACGUACAACUAUGAAGGAGUGGACGCCAAAAGGAUUUUCAAGAAGCAGUAACAGGCUUCCUUUUCAUAGCCUCUCCUUUUCCUAGAAAGCACAUUAUUUCCUUACACAAAGUCACUUCUACCAUGUUCUAGUUUACAUACCUCUGACGAAGCUUGAAGAAAAAGGCAGUUUGUUUAACGCAAAUGAUGAUGUAUAGUUGAAUUUGUAUAGAGAGAAACAAGCCAACUUUGAGAAGUAAAAUGUGUUGUCCAAUAAAGGAACUUCAGAAACAGAGCGGAAAUUCAAGUCAUGUCUUUCAAUUUCAGGAAAUUAAAUUGGUGGCAGAUUCUUAAUCCCAAUGGUUUUCAUUACCAAAAAGAUAGUUUAUUAGCUUAAAUGACCAAAAAUUCCGGUAAAAAUGUCCAAUAAGGAAGGUCACUCAUGGGACUAGUGUUUUGUGUCAGCUAACCCACGGAAACAAAACGUUGUUGCUAAAGCUAAUGUUUUGUCCAGCAUAGGCAGGUUUUAAAGAGUGUCUGUUUUUGCUGAACAGGACAUGACCAGAACAAGCUGUACGUUAAAUUUGGAACUAACGCUAUCACUUUUCUGUCUCUGAGUUGUUUUGGCAAGUUUUCCAAGAGACAUUUUAACCAUAAAUGUGUCUUUCAGGCAUCGGCAAUCACUGGUGCUUUUUUGUUUACUUUGAAUGAUAGGAGCAGAAUAGAAAUGCACUGUUUCCCUUAGUGGUUUUACUUAAAUCACCAGCGACCAUUGUUGAUUCAGCAUUUAACUUGUGUCAGAAAAUGGCUGUUUUUUUUUAACAUUGUUCUAUUGGUUAACUAACUGCAAUCACCUGAGCUGAACAACGUUUUCAACAAUAAAGCUGUCAAUGUCACACCCUU